AUGGAAGAGGACCAACCACUCGAGCUGGAGGUAUUUAAGCGGAAUCCAUUGGCGGAACUCGUUAAUUUGUUGCACGGAAUACUGAAUGUGUUUACGAUUUCGAUGGCACUCUUUCGAAAUUGGUGGUUCAGUGAGGAGUUGGCCCGAGUUAUCAACGAGCUGCUGCGACUGGAAAAGCAUUGCGUCAAGUACUGUAAGCUGGACAUGGAAGAGUGCCUGCAGUUCGAUAGGUUUAUCAUACACAAGGGCUUAAUGUCCAUAUUGCUGAUUGUGUCCACCUUGCUGCUGGAAUAUGGCAUGUCGCCGAUAAACAAAGUGCAAUAUUACAUCGGAGUUUUGACAAUCACUGCGCUGCAACUCUCUAUGAUGGUGAUGGCCCUGCAGUUCUACUUCGCCGUUCUGCACAUCUAUCGGCUUGUUUGGGUCGUCAAUCGACAGCUAUUGCGUUUGGCCAAUCAUUUGGCAGAUGGUUCGACGACGGUGGACGCCUCCAAGUUUCCAAUGAUGCUGCAGGACUACCGACUGGUCCUGAACUUAAGCCAUCGCAUUGUGUCCAUUUACGACUACCAGGUGACCCUGCAUUUGAUAACUUUUCUGACUGCCAAUAUGAUGGGCGUCUUCUUUUUCAUUGUGAUAAACAUAAGCUUACAAAACUCAUCAGACUUUAUCGCAUUCAUCAUUUUUCCGCAAGCCAUAGCCUUCAAUUUGUGGGACUUUUGGCUCAGCAUUGAGAUCUGUGAUCUGGUCGAGCAAUCGGGCCGCCAAACCUCUGCUAUUCUAAAACUCUUUAGCGACUUCAACGGCUUGAGUGUGGAAUUUGAACGAACUGUGCAAGUAUUUGCGUUGUUCAUCAGUCAUCGAAAGCUGCAAAUCCGACACUGUGGAUUGUUUUAUGUCAACAAUGCUUUGGGGUUCCAGAUGAUCGUUACCAGCGUGUUGUACUUAAUAUUCUUCGUGCAAUUCGAUUUUAUGAAUUUGUAA